AUGGCAAUUCCUUUUCAGCUACCUCACCAAGCUGGUUUCCCUUUCCAUGGUUACGCCAUGCAACCCCAUAACGCAGCCAUUCCACAACCUCAGGCAUCUUGUCCGAAUCCUAACCAACAACCAUAUGGCGCUCAACAAGCUUUCCACCAAGCUCCAGCCCUCUCAUACUCCGUUGAAGCCCCACAAAUGCCUCAUCCACAACAAGAACGUAUCAGAAUAAUGCCUGCUCACACGUCAGGGCGUAACAAGCCUUUGACCGAUAGCCUGAGGCUAACUCCCAUACCCCUCGGUUUCAAGGGUCCCUCUAACAUCACCACAUAUGUUGGUGAUACCGAUUCGUUUGAGUGGAUCCAGAAAUUCGAAGCAGCAAUGACACUCCACGGCGAAACGAAUCUACUCAUGUGCAGAACUUUCCCAACAUUGUUAGGAGGGAGAGCCCUUACUUGGUACACCACCCUGCCAACAGGCAGCAUUGCGUCAUGGGACGAUUUAGCAAGCAAGUUUCAGUCCCAUUUUGCAACUAGUCGCCCCGUGCCCAAAUCUGUGCACGCCCUUGAAAAGGUCCGACAGCAUUCUGGCGAGACCCUCCGGACCUUCCUAGAUCGUUUUGAUAAAGAGGCCUUACAAGUGCAAGGCCUAGACCCCAAAGUACAGGUGCAUAUACUCUUGUCAGGCUUGCGACAAGGAGAGUUCGCUUACGAGCUCGCACGACAUGAAAUUACUGACUUAGAGGAAGUCAAGAAAAAGGCGCAAGAAUUUAUGAGAAUUGAAGAAUACAAAGGGAGUCGAGCUAGUGACUCCCACAGUCAAGAAAAGGCGAUCAACAAGGGAAGGAACCACGUUGAUGAAAGUCGGAAAGGAUACCAAGCAUCCUCACGUUCCACCCGCCCUUCGGGGCGAGACACAUCCGAACGACGGUCACACAGUGUCUUACAAACAGACUACAAAGAGGAUCCCAAAAGCAGCCAACGGUCCCAGCAGCCAAGCAAAGAGGUCGCGCCAUACUGCAAGUUUCAUCGCAGUAGUGGCCACAGCACAGAGGAAUGCAGGCGCCUCAAGGACGAGAUUGACGAACUCAUCAAAGGCGGUACGCAAAAACGCGGAGGAGAUAAUACUCACUUCUCCAGAUCAGGCGGGCGAUACCGUGACCGAAGCAAGUCGCCAGAAAGGAGGAAAACCAAUCAGUCCAACACUCGGUCCCGCCAAGAACGAGGCCACAGAGAAGACUCACCUCAAAGAACCAGAACACAGGCAAGCCCGAGCCGAGGAGGAAGACGCGUUGAAGAAGAAGAAGACUCUGCAGCCAUCAAGCACGAAGUAAUUAAUAUGAUCUCUGGAGUUUUAAUCGGCGGGGGAGAAACAUCUAACGCUAGGAAGAAGCAUCUAACACAAUGCCUGGCGGUUGCAGGAAAGGUGAUCAGCAAGGAUAAAGGGCACCCUGGACCACCCAGGCAAAACAUAGUUUGGGAUAGUAGCGACUUGGGGGAUGUUCUCCCUGGGCAUGACGACCCACUUGUCAUCCAAGCGAUAAUCGCCAAUUAUGGCAUCAUCCGUGUAUUUGUUGACCACGGCAGCUCAGCCGAUAUUUUAUUAUUGACAUGUUUCAAAGCAUUAGGUUUCACAAUUAACGAUUUAACUCCUGUCGCAGGUGAACUUUCAGGUUUCAAUGCUACCACCACCAAGCCUUUGGGGGUGAUAAACUUGUGUCUCUCGCUUGGAACGCCGCCAACGUCACGAUCUGCAGACAUCCAAUUCCUAGUGCUGGAUACACCAUCCGCUUACAACGCCAUCCUAGGCAGGAGGAUGUUUGCAGCCUUUGAGGCGAGCGUCUCACACCCCCACCUGGCAAUGAAGUUCAUAGCCAGAGAUAAUAACAUAGCCAUUGUGCGAGGAGAUCAAAUUGUUGCCCGAAGUUGUUACAACAUUUCUUUGCGGCCAAUGACAAAGGUUACCUUCAAAGAAGAAGUGACACCCCAGCAGAAGGAGAUAUCCCCAGCGGAAGGAAAUCCCGGCAGAAGGGGGAAAGAACACAACCAGUGCUUCUUGGUAGAUUUUGACGCCAGGGACGAUCCUAGAGUGGAGCACGCCAGACCCACACCUGACGGAGCGCUAGAACAUGUGGUGUUGGGUGAGGCAGAUCACCAGACGACAACAGUCGGGGCGACCAUCGACCCGAAGGUCAAAGACAAGCUGAUCCAGCUGUUAAAAGCAAAUAAAGAUUUGUUCGCCUGGAAACCAUCGGAUAUGCCAGGUAUUGACCCAAACAUAUGCUGCCACCGUUUGUCGGUGGAUCCUAAAGCAAAACCAGUUUCGCAAAAGAAAAGGAAAUUUAGCUUCGACCGCCAGAAAGUCAUCGAUGAAGAAAUCAAGAGGCUCCAUGACGCCGGAUUCAUAAGGGAAAUCAAAUACACAACGUGGUUGUCCAAUCCAGUGUUAGUGAAGAAACCAAAUGGUGCGUGGCGAAUGUGCGUUGACUACACUGACCUCAACAAAGUCUGUCCCAAGGACGCCUAUCCUUUCCCGAGCAUCGACCAGUUGGUUGACAACGCCUCAGGUUUCCAAAUGUUGUCUUUUAUGGACGCAUAUUCAGGAUAUAAUCAAAUUCCGUUGCUGGAGGAAGAUCAAGACAAAACGGCGUUCAUUACUCAGAACGCCAACUACUGUUAUACAAUUAUGCCCUUUGGUUUGAAAAACGCGGGCGCCACGUAUCAAAGGAUGAUGAAUGAGGUGUUCAGAGAUCUGAUCGGCAAUUGCAUCGAAGUUUACAUUGAUGACAUGAUCGUCAAAUCCAAAACGCCAGACCAGCAUUUAGCAGAUCUCCAGGGCGUCUUCGGAAGACUGAGAAAGUUUAACAUGCGCCUCAACCCCAGCAAGUGCGCUUUUGGGGUUCCCGCGGGAAAAUUCCUAGGCUUCAUGCUUACGGAGCGAGGCAUAGAGGUCAACGCAGACAAGUGUAAGGCGAUCAUUGAAAUGCGAAGCCCGCAAACCAUCAAGGAGGUUCAACAACUGACUGGAAGGUUAGUAGCCCUCACCCAUUUUCUGGCAAACUCGGCACACAAAUCUCUCCCCCUUUUUAGCUUGCUUAAGAAGGGGACCACCUUUCAGUGGUCAGAAAAAUGUGAGAGCGCCUUUCAAGAAUUCAAAAGGGCUCUCUUAUGCCCACCAGUACUCACCAAACCAGACCACGACGAGAUGUUGUAUUUGUACCUCGUCGUUGGAACCGAAGCGAUCAGCGCAUCUCUAGUCAAAGAGUCAAAAGAAGGACAAAGGCCCGUCUAUUUUAUUAGCAAAGUUUUGCAAGGAGCCGAGCUUCGGUACCAACAAGUUGAAAAGGUGGCAUUGACACUCAUCUUUGCUGCAAGGCGAUUAAUAUUUCCAGUGCCAUCCAAUCACUGUCAGAACAAAUCAGCCAAUCCGUCAAGUUUUACAUAA